AUGGCUCCUUCGGAACGCUCAGGAGCCGGAGAGCCAUCCGAGCGCAUAGGCGCGGGCCCGUGGCUGCUCCUCAUCGGGUUGCUGCUCGCUGGCAUAUCCCUGCCGGUUCUUCAGUAUCUGUACGUGGCCUUCAAUGCGCUGGACGACCCUGGAUCGCCCUUCGCUGGCUCCACGGGGGUCGCCCUGCAGCGCAUCGCGACGCACGCGGGCAUUUUCCUGCUCGGCGCGGCAUUUGGCGCCGUCGCCGUCGUGCUGGCGGCCUUCACGCUCCUCAAGUCCAUCGUGUCGCCACGGAAAAGCGCGAGAAACCAAGCCGUGGAGCCGCAGUCGAGCGCAAGCGGCGUCGAUGAGGACAGUGCCGUGGCGAAGCAGGCGGCCCUCGGCGAGCCGCCGGAGCCGCAGCCCCCGCACGGGCUCGGCAUGCAGUACAACCCCAAGUCGCAGCGGCGCGUCGUGUACAACGAGCUGCACCGAGGGGGGUGGAUGCGCGGCUGGGUGUGGAUCAUGAUGGCCGCGGACUACGACGGCCAGUUCCCCAAGGAGUGGCCGCCGAACUGCGGCCCCGGCGGCCUCGCGACCGCCUGGUUCGCCACGCUCGGGCCCGACAGGACGCUGGUGCUGUCAGGCAACGCCGACGGAUCUGGCAGGUGCGUUUUUGUUUUAAACCCCCCCGUUCCCCCCCGCCCCUCCUUUUCGAGCCCCGCCCCGGGGCGCCCACGGCCGCCGGGAGGCAGCCGCACCCGCUGCCUUCGGGGCGACGCGACCUGA